CUCCUUUCAAGGACUGAGAAAUUAUUAUUAAACUCCAAAAAAAAAAAAAAAAAAAAGAAAAGAAAAAGAAAAAAGAAAAAUCCACUCCACUAUCUAUAGAUCUCUCUUUCUCUCUCUCUCUCUCAACUAUCGAAACUUCCCUUUCUCUCUCUAGGGUUUUCGGAGCUUCGCACUCGAAUUCUUCUCGAUCAGCUUCGAAUCUCAUCUUACAGCUUUGAUCUGUGUCUUCGUCUCUAAAUGCUCUUUCUACCAGUACAGUUUCAUCGACUGGCCGUGAAGAAUCGUUCUCUUGUUAAUUCAUCGUCGUUCCGAUUGUCAGUUGGCUGAACCUAGUUAUUUGAUUGUCACUGGGUCAACUGUUUGUCUGUCUCGAAUUUCUGAGCUGAAUAAAAACCCUAAAUAUUUAUCAGCGAACCAAUUCGCAUCCUUCGCCUCUUCCAUUGCUGUUAGAUUUCUCGGAUGCUUUAAACCGGUAGCAUACCAGAAGUCUUCUAAUGGACGAGGAGCAUCACCAGAAGAAUGAUUCAAGUAUCAUUUUGAGGACUACAGUCCCAUUCAUUGAGAUUGACUCUUUAUUUAUAGAUCUUUCCAGUUGUAUUGAUAAACCUGAUGCUGGAAACUGUGAUCAUUUCUCCAUUCGUGGAUAUGCAUCUCAAAUGCGCGAAAAAGAUUGGAAAAAAUGCUGGCCAUUUGAUUUAGAUGGUGACUAUGAGUCUGCAGAGACAAUAUCCUUGCUUCCACCUUUUCAUGUUCCGCAGUUCAGGUGGUGGCGAUGUCAAAAUUGCAGGAAGGAGACUCCUGCAGGUUUUGAGAAAUCUUCGAAUGUAGAAACGCCUGAUGCAAGAGAGGCAGUGGCUAAUGUCUCUACGAAUGUGUGCAACCUCAAUCAUCCUCCAUCUUUCAUGAGUGAGAAAGAAAAGAAAGCUGAAGGAGAUGAGGUUGACUCUGGAUGGAUCUUGAAUACAGAAACUCCCAUAUCGACUAGUGUAGUGCCAGAAGUAGAGACAAAUCUAAUGUUAGAACAUAACAGAAGUGAUCCAGUAACUCUUAAUCCAGAGCAUAGGGAAUCUGUUGACAACUGCAAGCUACUCUGUGGGAAUGAAGUUGCUGAGGUUGAGCUUGGUCUUCGAAACCUCAAAGUGAUUGAUGAAAAUCUUGAAGUCUUUGAUGAUGAGAAACAAAUUUCUGCACACAAUGAACAAACUGAGGUAACUCUUUUGUCAUCAGGAGUCAAGGUGUUUGAUCAGGCAUGUAAUGUCGAGAGACAGAGGGAUCCUGCAAAUGCGUAUCCAGCAGAACUUGAUGGAAGUUAUGCCACAGCAUCUGAGCGUACUGAAAUUUCAGUAGAAAAUGAUACGCAAGACCAUCAUAUAGAUAAGUCAGGCAGUUUGCACCGCCGAAAGUUCCGGAAGGUGCGCCUACUGACUGAGUUGCUGAAUGAACAUGAAAAUAUAAAAACUAAUCACAUCGAUACAGAAGAGUCCCCAUCCCAUGGGAAUUCAGCAAAAUCUGAAGGGUUAAAAGAGCCUUCUGUUUCCCAAUGUCCAGUGGCUGCCAAAAAGAAUGUCAGGUGUUCGAGUCAGAAUUUAAAAGGUAAACUGCCUCUGAAUGAAGAUUGCCUUGCUGCAGAGAGUUCCUCUUCAUACAACGUGGAUAACAAGAUUCAGGCAUUGAAGGGAGAUGUGGAAACAACAAAUUCUUUUCAUGCUAGUGAAUCUGAAAAUGCAUUAGUCGGAACCGGUUUACGAAAUAAGAAAAGUUUCUUGAACAAGUGUAGGAAUGAUGUGAAAUCUCUUCAUGGUAAGAAGAACAAAAAGAUCCAAAUCGAAGCAUGCUCUCCUCUUAAUAUUCCACCAGGAAGUGGUGACAAUACGUCUGACAUUUCCCUUAAACACAACGAGUUUUCUGGCCAUGCAAUGGAUCCAUUUCUUUUAUUUGGUUCAAGAAUUGAGCCAAUUUCUAGUUUGUCUAAGAGGAAAAGCAAGAUCACUGUAAUUGAUGACAGGCAGGGAAUUACCUGGACCAAUAGCAUGCCAAGAAGAGAUUCAGCCUCAAAAGAAGUGGAACUCGGGAACAAUGAGCCCGUGGUUGUUUCUUGUCCAUCAGUGCUGGAUAAACAUAGUGGAGGUUUGCAUCUUUCCCUCACUAGCAAUUUAGCCAAUGCAAGAAAUGAAAAAAAAUCCAUUUUUGGGACUGAGGAUGGCUCGCAUUCGUUGUUAUCUUGGCAAGGAACAGCAAGUGUAGUUAGGAUCAAAGAUGCCAAAGCCAAGAAACUUAAAGACUCAAAUGUUCCUUUUAAUUAUUCAGAUAAUUUUUCUCGGCAAGUAGGACAUGGUGGAGUCAAUAGUAAGACAACCACUAGCAGAAUGCAUUUCUCAAAUGGGAAACAAAAUUCAAAUUCUCAAGUUAAUGAUGAUAGCUGGUCUCAGUUGCAGGCAAUGGAUAAUUCCGGGGUACACAAAGUUGAAAAGAGUGUUCGGGAGCACUUGGCAGCUCAGAUGAAACAGAGUGAGCAUUCGGUUGGUAAGAUAUCUGAGCAAAGAGCUUUAGAUGACAUUCCAAUGGAAAUUGUUGAGCUCAUGGCUAAAAAUCAGUAUGAAAGGUGCCUUGAUAAUACUGGAAAUAGUAAAUCCGUAUCAAAGACAAGUUCAAAGAAAGCUCAGAUUAUGAAUUUCAGUAAUAAUGCAUGUGGCAAUAGUGGCUCGUUGCAGGAGAAAAUUAGUCCCAAGUGGAAGGUUAGGAAUGGGAGAAAUAACUUGCACACGGCAGGAGAUAAUGUGGGAUACGGCAAACAAAAUUCAGAUAAUUACUUUUCUCACACUGAGGGAGGACAUUUUAACAUAGAUCACCUACGUCAGACUAUUAUCCCUGCAGAAUAUUCUACAUUUGGACAUUCUCAAAAUAAGUCAUCAAAUCCCGUCAAAUUUUUGGCAAGAAGUACUGGUGAGAAUGCAUGUUCUCAAUAUCGCCAAUAUACUGGUGGUCUGGAAGAUCAGGAGUCCUCUCAUUACAGGGCGCAAUCUUUCAGGGUAAAUGACGUUCACCAUCCUGUUUCACAAAACAAUGUAGACGUAGCUCAUCUAUGGAACGAAGCCAUGCCAAAUCAUCAUUCAUAUAUACCUACCACUCCUAGAAAGAUUGCAUCUCAGUCAACUAGUGUGAAUGCUAGUAAAAACUAUCCUGAAUCAAGUAGCAAAGGGGCUAUGAAUCGAGGGCAUAAUCUUAAAUUUUCUAAUCCAAAAGUUACCAAUAUUGAAAAAGAUGAUGGUAAUUAUGGUUUGGAAAAUUUCAGCGGGACCCGUGCUAAGUACCCAUUUCAUUGCGAUUCUAAUGGCAUUGAGCUUCCUCGAAACCUGAGGGGGUCGUUGGAUUUGUAUUCUAAUGAAACCAUGUCAGCAAUGCAUUUACUCAGCCUUAUGGAUGCAGGAAUGCAGCGCAGUGAAAUGCAUGACAACCCAAAAUUUUCCAGGAAACCUUUUCCCCCCGAUCCCAAAGCUAAGGAUAUUUCUGGGAUGGAUGUUGGUUUGCACAAGGCAUUUGAUACCAUCAAUUAUUCAUCUGAUUAUUAUGGUGAAAUCCACCCCUUAAAGAAGUCUCACGAUUAUUACCAUCGUGCUUCAGUGGGCGGUGCAUCAAUUUCUCCUUCCUCGGGAAAUGAAAGUCGUGAAAUAGUUUCUGAUUUAACAGGAUUACAAUGUAAACAGAAAGAGAGAACCAAGUGCUCCACUUCAACAUGGAACAGAGUUCAAAAAUCACAGAAGAGUGUACUUACAAGUGGUCAAGGCUCCAAUGAAGGAGUUUUUCCCAUUCAUACCUUGCAAAAGAAAUCUGGUGGUCCUUCUAGUUCUUUGGUGUCUAUGAGUGGAUAUCAUAGACUAGAAAAUCCUGGACAAUGUAUAAUAGAGCGCCAUGGUACUAAAAGAAUGUUGGAGCAUUCGAAAGUCAGUUCUGAGUUUGGAAUCUGCAGCAUUAAUAAAAAUCCUGCUGAAUUUAGCAUACCAGAUGCGGGAAAUGUAUACAUGAUAGGGGCUGAAGAUUUACAGUUUUCAAAAAGGAUUUCUGAAAAUACAUCUGAUUUGAAUAACAUGGAUGGGCGCAAACGCAAAAGGAAUAUGAAGCAUGCUGUUGUAAAACAACAUGCAUUACAUUAUAGCAUGUGAGAUCAUCGUCAAGAAAAUCAAGCUGGAUUUUAAGUUUUAAAUGGUUCAUUUUCAUUACUUGGGAACGUUAUAGAUGUCUUGCCGGUUAAAAUAUUGGUAAAAAGUGUAGAAUAUGAACUGCCGUUGCACCCAAGGAUAUUUGUGGCUUGGGUUACUUCCCUGCAUUAUUGUGUUCACCCUCUUUCUGGCACUCUCCAACAAAGACUGGCUGCGGAUGCGCAUCUUCGAUAUAAGCUAAGGCCUGUACAUAAGACUACGUGAAAUCGUGAAUCUUGAGAUUCAUCAGUACAUUUAUUGUAUAUGCAAUUUUGGUUUGAUGUACGUUGUUAUACUUCAUUCACAAAUCAUAAGGUUAUGUAUAUACACUGAGUUCUCUACUUUUUGGUUUUCGGAAGAGGGUAAGUUCCGUCAGUUUUAUGCACUGAUGAGGUAGCAGUGUGAGAAGGAAUAACAGAGAAUUAGCUAGAUUUUUCUCUUUAGAAUAUUUGAAGAAAAUUCGAGGCUCGUUGGAUUGUUUCUGUUGGAAAAAUACUAAUAUUUGUAGCUUUAGUGUGAACUAUAUAUUGUACUGUGAUGUUGUGGGAGUGAACUUGAAAUAAGAAAGAAAGAAAGGGAAAAAAAAAAAAAAA